UAAGUUAAUUUCAUUUUAAAAGAAAAGUUGAUACCUUAGUUUCGUAUGGUUUUAUUAAUUACUCAAUAAUGCCAUACAUUCAUAAGCAAGGUAAAGAUACCAUAAUCUUUGCUACGAAAGAGGACCAUGCAACACCGAGUAACAUAAGUUUGCCAGAACCAGAACCAAGUCCUGGUGCUUUCUUAUCCACUGGAGAAAUUAAUUGGAACUGUCCUUGUUUGGGAGGUUUGGCUACUGGGCCAUGUGGUUUGGAAUUCCGCGAAGCCUUCUCUUGUUUUCAUUAUUCAACUGCCGAGCCAAAAGGUUCCGAUUGUUACGAAGCAUUUAAAACUAUGCAAGCAUGCAUGUUAGAAUAUCCGUCAUUGUAUGGAAAAAAGGGAGCAUCUUUAGAUGAUUUGGACGAAGAGGAAGAUUCAAUGGAAGGACAUAGAAAGGGUGGAACAGAAGUUCCUCGUUUAGAGUCAGAAGGAAAAGAAGUACAGCAUACAUCUAGUAUCGAGACAGGUGUACAAAAAUCUAAUGCUUAG